GGCGGCUCCAGCCCCGGGCGGCUCCAGCCCCGGGCGGCCCGCGGAGGGCUGGGCCUAGCCCCCGGCUCCGGUUCCCGGGCCGGCGGGCGGCCGCUCACCAUGCCCGGCAAGCACCAGCACUUCCAGGAACCCGAGGUCGGCUGCUGCGGGAAAUACUUCCUGUUUGGCUUCAACAUCGUCUUCUGGCUACUUUCUUAUCUACAUUUUACAGGUGAAGGAACAGGCACAGAGAGGUUAAAUCUUUUAACCCAGAGUCACAUAGCCACUCUAUUUACAAUAGCCAGGAGAUGGAAGCAACCUAAGUGUCCAUCAACAGAUGAAUGGAUAAAGAAGAUAUGGCACAUACACACAAUGGAAUAUUACUCAGCCAUAAAAAGGAACAAAACUGAGUUAUUUGUAGUGAGGUGGAUGGACCUAGAGACUGUCAUACAGAGUGAAGUGCUGGGAGCCCUGUUCCUGGCCAUUGGUCUCUGGGCCUGGGGUGAGAAGGGUGUUCUCUCCAACAUCUCGGCGCUGACAGAUCUGGGAGGCCUUGACCCCGUGUGGCUGUUUGUAGUGGUAGGAGGCAUCAUGUCGGUGCUGGGCUUUGCCGGCUGCAUUGGGGCCCUCCGGGAGAACACCUUCCUGCUCAAGUUUUUCUCCGUGUUCCUUGGCCUCAUCUUCUUCCUGGAGCUGGCAACAGGGAUCCUGGCCUUCGUCUUCAAGGACUGGAUUCGAGACCAGCUCAACCUCUUCAUCAACAACAAUGUCAAAGCCUAUCGGGACGACAUUGACCUCCAGAACCUCAUUGACUUUGCUCAGGAAUACUGGUCUUGCUGCGGAGCCCGAGGGCCCAACGACUGGAACCUCAAUAUCUACUUCAACUGCACUGACGUGAACCCGAGCCGGGAGCGCUGCGGGGUGCCCUUCUCCUGCUGCGUCAGGGACCCUGUGGAAGAUGUCCUCAACACUCAGUGUGGCUAUGAUGUUCGACUCAAACUGGAGCUGGAGCAGCAGGGCUUCAUCCACACCAAAGGCUGCGUGGGCCAGUUUGAAAAGUGGCUGCAGGACAACCUGAUCGUCGUGGCUGGGGUCUUUGUGGGCAUCGCCCUCCUCCAGAUCUUUGGUAUCUGCCUGGCCCAGAACCUCGUGAGUGACAUCAAGGCAGUGAAGGCCAACUGGAUCAAACAUGAUGAUGGCUACAGACUACUCAAAUAAACAAAACCUUGAAAACCACUGGCUUC